AUGGCGGCCGUGUUGCAAGAAGAAAAGGUAGUGAUUGUUGGAGCUGGUAUAGCUGGGCUAGCAACAUCCUUGGCUCUGCACAGGCUGGGAAUCAAAAGCCUGGUGUUGGAAUCAGCAGCGAGCUUGAGGAUUACUGGGUUUGCGCUGGGAACGUGGACUAACGCCUGGAGAGCUCUGGACGCUCUUGGUUUGGGAGAUGGUCUUCGUUUGGGAGGCGGUGGCCACCACGGCCACGGCCACCGCCACCUAUUGGUAAAUAAGAUGUUGAGCGUGAAGGGCCUGGAGAGGGAGGUGGUAGUAGAACCGCCUCGUUGCUUUCCUCCUUGGCAGGCGAGCAUAGAAAGGAAGAGACAAGAAGCAGAGCAACAAGAACGCGAGAUCAUCGACUCCCUUGUUGGUCCCAGCGUUCUGAAGGACGAGGUCAUGAAGAUUAGUCCCGUCCAGAACCAGACUCGCACGGACAGCGCACCUGAUUCAAGGUCUUCGUUGUCGUCAGCCACGGAAACAGCCACAUCGGAUUGA